AUGAAUGACUCGAGUGAGAAUGAGAGUUUUUCAUCCAUUGAUACAUUUUCAUCACCACCUCGUCGUCAUGUCAAGACGGAUGAUGCACAUCCACUUACAAGACGAAAUUCAAUCUUACGAACGCCUGCACCACCCAAAUUAUCCCGUUUUCGACCGUCAAUGGAUAUAGUGGACAAAUCUCUACCGUCGAUUGACUACCAAUCUAGCGCUGACUCGCGAUCCUUUGACUCGAGUUCAAGCUCAUCAGAUGAAGACCUUGUUGGCAGCGGAGAAGAACUCGUAAGCGACUGGCUUGACGAACCCGAAGACGCCGUAUUGUCACCUCAAUCGGUGCCAAAACGAGUUCGACACGCAAGUGCCUGCUCUUCUGUAUCAUCUCAUGCAGGAAAUACUAGCGUCUCGUUCUCGGCCAUGCACAGUAGUGGCGGACGGAAUAGCAAUAGCAGUCAGCACAGCAUGACAGGCUGGGCAUCGUGGCUUAGCUCGCCAGACGAUGUGGAAGAAGAAGAGGAUGCGGACGACGAACCCGUGGCACUCACACCCUUUUUGCGUGAUAAUAUACCCGUGUACGAGAUCAUGCGACAGGUACAGCUAUUUCGGAACUUGAGUCAAAUGCAGCAGGAGCAGGUCGUGCGAGCGCUUAAACCCGCCAAGUUCUCGGACGGUGAGGUCAUUGUGGCCCAGGGCACGCGUGGCUCGCGGUUUUACAUGAUUGCCAAGGGAGAAGCUGUAGUGACCAAGACUGUUGUCACGAGCAGCCAUAGCAUCACUGGUACGACGUCAUUCAAUUCAGGACAGACACAAGAACGCAUGAUCACUCAUCUGCGAGCUGGUCACUACUUUGGCGAGCUAGCACUGAUUUACGACGACCCGCGCACGGCCACUGUGCGCGCCGUGGGUGACGUGGAGCUGUUGUACUUGACCCAAGAAGAUUUCCAGCACAUUGGGCAGGUACAUCUAAGUUUAAUGCUGCAACAGGUGCCGCUGCUAGCGAGAUUGAGUGCACAAGAUCAGGAUAUUGUGCUCAAGUGCUUACGACCUGCAAAUUUUAGCGAUGGUGAAUACAUUGUUCACCAAGGUGACGAAGGCACUCGGUUUUACAUGAUUACGCGCGGUGAAGCGAUUGUAACGGAAAAGGCUACGGGCCCGGACAAGAAAUCGUACGAAAAGGAGUUAACGCGAUUGUACGAAGGUCACGUUUUCGGUGAAAUGUCACUGAUUUACAGUGAACCUCGCACUGCUUCAGUGCGUGCGGUGGGCCCCGUUAAGUGUUUGUACCUGAAUAAGGAAGACUUUGACAAGUGCCUCCUGUCUGACCAUUUCCAGCGCUUUAUUCAGGAAGCCUAUGUAGAGAAGGCAACGCGUCGUGCUAUGCGACUACGACUACAACAGCGAGCCAAUAGUGUGGCAACUGUAGGUCCUUCUACUCUUCGAACGGGGUCCGGAGCUGAUAAUCUGCCUGGUUCCAUGGCGGCAUCACUGGCAGCACCAGCAUCACCUGUGAAGGCGACGGAAACCAAGAAGCUUGUCAAACAGCGGCUUAAAAACGGCGAGGUUGUGGUGAACAAGUAUGUGAUUAAGGGCGACUUGGGUCGAGGCACAUUUGGCCGCGUCAAGCUUUGUGAAAGUCAAGAGGAUGGACAGAUGUAUGCUGUAAAAAUCAUGCACAAGACAUUCGUUCAGCGCAUGGCUGGCAAAGAAGACCAGCUUUACGAUGUGCUGCGCCGCGAGGUAGCUAUCAUGAAGAAGCUAAACCACCGUAAUGUGGUGAGGCUUGUGGAGGUAAUUGAUGAUCCGAAUAGCCAGAAGAUGUAUCUCGUGCAAGAGUACGUACAGCACAGUCUAAUGGAGGAAGUCACACAAGCUCGUCGCUUGACUGAGCCGAUCGCUCGUAAUUAUAUGCGUGAUCUGCUUACUGGACUUCAGUAUUUACACUUUCACAAGGUAAUUCACCGUGACAUCAAACCAGAGAACAUUCUUGUUAGCUGUGACAGUGUGGCUAAAAUUGCCGACUUUGGUACAGCGCGUAUCAUCAUGAAUGAGACUGAGACAAUUUCUGGUGCGAAAGGCACUCCUGCUUUUAUGGCCCCGGAGAUGUUUGAUAUUGAUGCCACUUAUCAGGGUCCUGCCGUAGAUGUGUGGUCUCUCGGAGCUACUUUGUACAUGAUGGUAAUUGGGCACCCACCCUGGAUGGCGGAUAAUGAGAUUCUGUUGGCUGAACGUGUGCAACGCGUAGAGCUACGGUUUCCGAAGGACGUGGAACGCACGAUGGAACCGCAUUUAAAAAAUCUUUUGCAGCGCAUGCUUACUAAGGACCCAGCGCUGAGAAUUACAUUAAAGGAAUGCUUUACGCACGAUUGGAUUACAAAGGAAGGCAGUGAUCCGCUUGGCUUGAUUACACCAGAGAAAAAUCUUACAGUAUCAAUGGAUGAAAGUGAACGUGCUAUUGAGAACAUUCCUGAGCGUAUUGACCAGAGGUUGACGGAGAGUCUUGCGCAGGCUCAUCUGUUGGUAAAAAAUCGACAAGAAAGUGUUGGCCCUGGCAUAGUGCGCACAAACAGUGGACGUCAUUUUGCGGGAACACCUGGUUUGGGAACAUUGGUAUCACGCAUUCCGUCAACGGCGUCGAACACGUCGUCAGUGGCCACCGUCGGUAGUACAUCGUCUAUGAGUCCGAGCCGUGCAUCAAGCGAAGAAGUUUCACGUAUUAUUUGCGCAUGGCGUCAUCACAAGCGCGUACAGCUGAUGGACGGUCACAAGGAGUUGUCUGAGCGUUCUCGCGAGUUGCUGAUCGAGCAAAAGCGAAUGACGUUUUCAGUGGAUCGUGCAAGAGUGACGGAAAUUAUCCUUCCUGCUGCUAAGCCUACUGCUCGCAGUGGUAGUGAUACGCGUUCGUCUGACUCGCCGAGGACACGCUCGUUUCCAGCUGGACGAAGCGCAUCCGUGGACAACUCGCUGCUUGUGAAGAAAAGCAGUUUUCAUAGCCGAAUGUACAAGGACUCGGGCAAUCUGGAAGGCUUUGGGCGUACAUCAUUUACUUCAGUAUCACAGCUGUCUGAAUUGGCAGCCAUUCCUGUCGAAGAUAAUGUAGACCAGCGCGGAAGUUUGUCGUCUAAUUUGAUGAAACGGUCGCUGUCGCGCAAGAGGGACUUUCUCAUGGUUACAUCUGAGGUGUUUCGUGACAAGGAAGGCGAUUAUCAAACUCGCAAGAUUCUCUUCCAGGCACGUGACGACGACUUCUCAGUGGCUUCAAGAGUGCCUACUCAUUCAAAUUCAGGGCGCGAGUUGCUUCCGCCGGGUCGCGCAGGUUCAACGAGCUCUUCGGCAUCGAGCCAAAAACCUCGAAGGCUAGGAAGCGCUGGCAAACUAGGUAGUGAAAAAAAGUUAGUCAGUACGGGAAGCGGCAGUGUCAUGAGCGGCGCAAUGGGCAGUGCAGUUGGCAGUGCAAUGGGCAGUGCAAUGGGCAGUGCAGCGGGAGUGAGUUGGAGUGCAAUGGGCAGUGCAAUGGGCGGUGCAUUGGCCAGAAGCAACGCAAGCCGCCAAUCGUUAAACGGGAGUGCCAGCUCAAUUAGCAGCUCGUCACGGUCUGUUGUAACUGACGACGGCAACGUGGAAGAGUUUGAUAUGGAAGGUAUAGACUGUGUGCAGGUAACAGAAAUCGAUGAUGAGGAUGAUGACGAGCAUGCGAAUCGUGGAAGUAUGCGCAACAGCAGUGAUUCCUCAUCGCGGCAUUUUCAUCACCAUGCUAGUGACAGUAGUCGUGCGAACAGCAGCCAUAAUCACAGUCAUACCUCUGGAAUGGAAGGACUUUCUGACGCAGAGAGUAGUUCGGACGAUUCAGAUUAUUCUGAUGUGGAAUGUGAUGUAGACGUCGAUGCAACCUUCAGCGACCUUAUUGUCGCGCCAAACCAGCUUGACCUUAUCAGCCGCGACGAUGAGGAAAUUGCACCUAUCGUCACAACUAGGCCUUCAUCCGCGUCAGUGGUAGAUUUACCAUGUUUAUCAAGCGUUGUAGAUAACAGUGGCAAAGGUCUUACUCUCGGCUCGCUGGCAUUGAUGACAUCUAGUUCGUCGGCAAUGUCGUUGCUAUCCCCCGUGCCGCAUCUGGAUAUUGUGCAAGUUUACGUGAGCAGUAAAAUUCGCGAAAACCUCACGCUAGCAGUUCGGUCUGGCUACGCUGAGGCAAAAGGAGCCCGAUCGUACAUGGAAGAUCGCAGUAUUGGACAGGCAUCUUGUGACCUGUCUCGGUAUCCAACUGCACUUGCGGAUAAUUAUGCCUCAUUGGCAUUUUUUGCGGUAUAUGACGGUCAUAAUGGCACCGAUACGGCUGCAAAAUUGCAAAAAGAGCUGCAUCAUCGAUUCUUUGCUGAAGGCGCUAGUUUUGUCGAGUCCCCUUUAUCUUGCAUCUCGUCAGUGUGUGAGGCAGUGGACAAUGAAAUCUUAGAACAACAGAACCAGAGCGUACUCCCUAAACGCAAACGUACAAUGGCAGCCGAGGAACUGCAACGAUAUCUUAGGGGCGAAGUCACCGAAUCAAGAAUGGUGGGAGACGAGUGCUGCGAGAUUGACGGCAAAGUUGUGUGUGGAGACGAGAUGAAAGCCUUGCUGCAACCGAUUUCGUUCUCUGGAGCUGCAGGUGUUUUAGCUGUGGUGGCGAAGCGACGCAAGAAGCGUCGACGUGCUUGUGGGGCUAAGGAAAAUGACGCGGAAGCUGUAAGCAAAGCCAGUGAGGAAGGUGACAAUGAAGUGGAGAAAGAUGGGGACCAGCCCACUAUACUUUAUGUGGCCAACGUGGGUGACUGCCGUGCUGUUUUGUGCACCGCAGACGCUGUAGCAGUCGACUUGACGACAGACCACAAGGCAUCUGUACCGGCAGAACAAGCGCGGAUCGAGGCUUCAGGUGGUUUUGUGCACAACGGGCGUCUGGAUGGCAUUUUACAAAUCUCGCGCGGCUUUGGGGACUUGGCACACAAGCAGGAUGGUCAUUUGGUGGUGACUCCCGACGUCAUUGAACACCUGGUUGACCCUUCGGAUCAAUUCUUGCUGCUCGCUAGUGAUGGGCUAUUUGACGUUCUCACGUCGCAGCAGGCUGUAAACUUUGUAUUGCGUAAGCUUCAGACGCACGGUGAUGUGCAGCUAGCAGCUCAGGAGCUUGUGCUUAAAUCGCAGGCAUAUUUUGCCCACGACAACAUUAGUGUGAUCAUUGUGGCGCUGAACCAGACGUGCGAUGCGUGA